AUGGACUACCGGAUACCAAAAGGCACGCGGAUCAUACUUAACAUGGGGAUGCUGCAUCGAGAUCCAUACAUCUGGGCCCGGCCCGUACGGGAAGUUAAUGCCAUUGUUGAAGUCAUACAGCACGUCGCAGGCGUCGGAGAUUUCGUGGGAAACUGCGGGGGGUUCGGGGCUUCUUCCGCUUUGGAAGAUGCCGAUGUCGAAAAUAAAAAAACCUUUAAAGAUGCCAUUUUUUUUUUGUUGCCUGAAGGCUCGAACUCCGUGGCCACUAUAAGGCGCCACGCCUUUGCCUCAAUCUCCUUCCCUCCGCCGGUUUCUUCGAUUGCAAAGAAUUUGUGCCAGAGGCCAUCGAAACAGCUCCAAUCACCUUCUGUCAGAUUACAAUUGAAAGGAAAAACAAGCAAUUGA